AUGGACAAUAGAAGCUACUCAAAUCUGCCAGACAAACUGCCUGUCUCCUCUGAUUCCACCCACUUGCCACUGACCAGGUCCUUCUAUCUGGACCCCAUGAUCAUGUUCCACCUGUACCCUGAGGGCCCGGUGCCAUCUCCUUACUCUGAAGACCUGCCAUUGCUGCCUUUUUCCAGUGACUCUCUGAUCAUGGAAGAUUAUGGGGAACCCUGCGCCUUCUCCUUCCCAAUGCCUUAUCCAAAUUACAGAAGGUGUGAAGACUCCUACAGGCCAGCCUUUAUCCAGAAAAGGAAUGAGCGGGAAAGGCAGCGUGUGAAAUGUGUCAAUGAAGGCUAUGCCCAGCUCCGACAUCAUCUGCCAGAGGAGUACUUGGAGAAACGACUCAGCAAAGUGGAAACCCUCAGAGCCGCAGUCAAGUACAUUAAUUACCUGCAGUCCCUUCUGUACCCUGAUGAGGCUGAGGCCAAGAAUAACCCAGGAAAGAUUCCUCCGUAAUGGCAGCCACCAGCCGCCACACUGACCCCAUUUUCAGAAUCAUUUGAUUCUGUGUUUCUAAAUAGAAACAAAUAAUUUCACAAAAUGUGGUCCCUUACAUCAUUUGAUAGUUUUCCUAAUGGAAUCUCUGGGUGGGCAGAUAAUAGUUCAAAUGCAAAGCUGUGUUGGAUAUUUCUUACCUGGGUUUCAGAUGUACUAAACUAUCUUAUGUAGAUUGAGAAAACGCUUCUUAACCUUUGGUAAUUUCUUUCAAGAACUUUAGGGAAGCAGGAGUCCCUAGAAUUCUCUAUAUCUCUCACCUUGCCCUUCUCGCACACUUUGCCAGAGUCUCAGCUGUGAGAAACUCACAAAAGUAUUGUAAGACUAAUGACUAUUCAAUGCCUGUACUGCACUUUGCAGACGCUUCAUGCUAAGCAAUCACAAUGAACCUCCCUGGAUUUGUCAAA